AUGGGUUUAUUCGACAGGAGGGUAUGUGUUUGUAUAACCCACACGCACAAGUCGACGGCAGAAUCACCUUAAAAACAGAGUUACUAACUAAUAGAUAAACCAGAGAAGAGAAACGUCGUAUCAAGGGUUCAGCAAAUAUGCUCAAGACAUCAACACGUAUCACCAUCCGACUCAACAUGCUGGAUUGCCAAUCGUUCCUCUGUCACAACAACGCACUCAAUCGCUAACCAAUGCAGGCCAGGCCGCGGUUGCUGCGUUGAGACUACACAGUAGCCCCGUGAGCCAGUCGCCCGCCGCGGCAGCAGCAGCUGCUGCGGCCGCAGCCAAGGGCCAAGCGAAAGCAGGAGCGGUUCCAAGAUCAAACUCGCUAAGCAUGGCGAGUAGCGCCAGAUCGAACUCGUUGAGACAAUACACAUACCACCCUCAAGCUUCUUAUACUCCCAACACGAGAAAUGCGCCAGUGGCAAGAAGAUCAAAUAGCUUAACUUUGCAAAGCAGAAAUAGUCUCACUAGAAGCAGCCAACUCGCACGCCAGAAAUAUCAGCAGCAAAACAACUUGCAGGAAGAAACCAACGAGGAUUUGGAAGAAGAAGAUUACGUGGUGACAACCACAACCACGAAGGUGGUUGACUCGCAAGGGCGGACUCUGUCAAUCACCACCAAAACCAUCAAGACUUUCCCCGAUGGUUCCAAUAUCAUUGAAACUUCCACCAAGAAUAUAUCGAGAAAUAACUCUAGGGCCAAUUCGCUUAGUUCUGCCAACUACAACAGAACCAAUUCAAUGUCCCACCAGAUACCAGUCAAAUUGAGCCAAAUUGACGAAGAUUUGCAAAACUUUGAUUACGAUUACCAAGUCGACGAUGUGCCCCCGGCAAACUUGAGAUUGAAUACUGAUGACAGUAGCCAGGGCUUUACAACUCUUGAAAAAAUCCACGAACCAGUGCUGGUAGAGCUGGAAGCGAAGGACAAUGCGCGGUUGGGUGAACCUUUUGACGAGCCACAACCACAACCACACUCACGUCCUAGUCAGAAAAGAGCUUCUUCCUUAACCAGUCAGAAUCAACCUCCUAAAUCAAUCUUGAAGCACAGCGUCGUUGCCCCAGAGGCACAACAAGAUAAUCAAGCACAAGUCCAUCUGCCAACCGUACAGUCUCCUACGGCCGCUGCUGCCGCGGCCGCUGCUUUGACUAGCCCCAAGCCCAUGUCAAGUGCAACACCUUCUCCGCAGCAGCAGCAGCAACAACAACAACAACAUUACCAGCAUCCAUACAAGAACUUGAGCCAGGGAACCUCGGUUCAGCAACAACAACCACAGCAACAACCGGUGAGAACUUUAAGGUCGCCAACGAGCCCCACAUCUAAACCCUCUAUUGGAUCACCCUUGAAGUCGCCAUCCGUUCAAAACGGAUUUGCUGAAGAUGCACACUCCGGACCAAACUCAUUUGCUUCUCCAAGACAAAACAUCCCCAAGAGCCAGUCCUCGGGAAGCUCUAUCAAAUUUGAUGAUCAUGUAGAGACCAUCCCAGUUCCUGUUAACCGCUCAAAUGUACACUCGCCACAAAAGCCGUACGUUCCAGGUAAUCGUCUGAAAGCCCCACCAAAGGCAAGCUCCUCAACUCAGCCUAGUGCCGACUUUUACGCUGCCGCGAUGCAAGCUGCUUACAAGAAAGUUUACGGAGAUCGCGAUCCAUCUCAAAUCUCUGCUUCACCACCUCCAGUGGGGGCAAGCCCCCGGGAGCCUGCCGCACCUCUUCAGGAACAAGUUUCCUCCGCAGAGGCUCUACCAGAAAAGAGGAAAUUUGGUUUCAUUCCGUUGAGUCCUCGCAAAGAUACUACUAUUCAGCCGGCAGCUCCCGAAUUGGAGCAAUUGGCGAUUCCAUCAACUGAGAGAACAUCAUCGUUGAACUCGCUUUCAAAGAAAAGAGCCCAACAAGCUGAAGCUGAUCAAUCCUUGCCCCAGAAUUACGAGUAUGCCAACCACCACAAGGACUUUGCUUUGUACUCAAUGAGGGAUGAACCGAUUGUUGCUUCAAAGAGGAAGGAAAGGGCCAAAGAGGAGCAGAGAUUGGCUAGGGAGCAGGCGAAAGAAGAGCAGCGGAGAGCCAAGGUGGAAGCUAAAGAGCACGCAGAAAGGGAGAAACGACUUGCCAAGGAGCGAGAGGAGGAAGAAAAGAGACUUGAAAAGGAAAGAGCCGAGGAGGAAAAGAGAAUACGAAAGGAGGCAAAGAAAAAGGACAGAAAGGGAUUUGGGGGAUUGUUUGGAAAAAGAAGACGCCAAAGCCAAUCUGGUGUCUCUAUUGAUUCAUCGGAAAAUGGUGUCGGUAAAACUGCUCAAAAUACUCAAACUCCUAUAACUGGCGGCACUGCUGCAAAUCAAGUACCUGUUGCACCUGCAGCAGGCACUGCGGCUCCAGCCGCUGCUCCAGUAGCACAGCCAUAUACUCCACCUGAGCAGUUGACGAUACUAAGAGAAGCGGCCCCGGUAGUAACAAACGCUGCUGCUCCUCAAAGUUCUGAGAAUGGAGUAGGAGCAUCUGGCGCUGCACGCCCUCAGACUUUACAAAACCCCACCAAUUUAACGGAGAACGUAGGAACAGUCGAAGGGUACAAGCGGGACUUGACACAACCUACUGUUGAUCCGAAACAGGCGGAUUUGCAAAGCGGGUCAACCCAACCCGUGCAAGCUGCUGCGCCUGCAUCUGCACCCUCACAUGCACCUGCACCUGCACCUGCACCUGUAUCUCCCAAUGUCGAGACUGAGGAGGACAUUGCCGCUGUUGUUCUCGACGAUGGUGAACUAUACAGGAUAUCUGUUCCUAGAAAUUACUCAUACGAGGACAGGGAAGCUGAAGCGAGCGAGAAGCCUGCAGCUGGCAUUCAAACACAUUCACCGCUGGCUACUCUCAACAAGAAUGGACCAGCCCAUACGCCAAAAGCUACCGCACCUCAUCCUCAAGAAUACUAUCCACUGCCCAACAUAAGCAACAAGGCGCGCUAUUCUGCGUAUGAGCCAAACUCGUCACCAGUCGAGCAAUCAAGCAAUGUCGCCGGCGGCUAUGCAUCCAAUGGAUUGGGCAAAAUCUCGGUGCCGCAAUUGAAUGACAUUGAGGAUGAAGAUUUGGAAGAGCCAUCGUUCAAGAGCUAUGAGAAUUUAGCCACACCCAAAGUGCAAAGUCUUGAUAACGACAGAGAGGAUAUGAUUGAUGAAGGCGUUGUCGUGUUGGACGAGGUGCCAAUGAGAUCUGCAGCGAGGGUCGACGAUGUACCCGUGAGGUCCCCUGCUAGGAUUGAUGAAAGUGGUUAUCUUGAUGCGCCCACCAACUUUGCCAGUGCCAUCGACAUUCCCGUGAGGUCGCCUUCGAGACGCAAGGCGGCAGCACUGCAGAGUCAAGAACCGGCCUUGGAACUGGAAGUGGCGAAUGCUCGACAAAACCCUGUCCUUGCAGGAGAGUCUACCGCUCCAGUCAAGAAUGAUGAAGUGAAGGCUUCUGCAUUUGUGAAAGAAACCACUCCAUUGGGCGGAGCUGGCGCAAAUCCGAAUCUUGUAGGCUCACAAUUUAUCACAAACAAGGCUUCGACGGGAACAAUUGGUGGAUUGCCAUACUCUGAACAGACCAACAACCAUCCAAAUAAUUUGAAAAAAGAGCCCGCCGUGACGAACCAGAACCCAACGAGGAGCUCGCCUGUAGCACAACAAACACAACCACAAGAAGGCUUUGUUUUAGUUGAAGAUGCAGAGAGAGAUUCCAACUCUGCUCAACCUAGCGCAGAUACGUUGCCUACUACCCAAUCGACAUAUAUAGUCGAUCAACAGCAGCGAAAGCCAUACGAUGAUGUGGUUACAGAAGAAGGCAAAGAAGCUAAAAAGGGAAAGAAGGUGAAGAAGGAAAAGAAGCCAGGCUCUUUUAAGCACAAGAUGAUGAAGUUUUUUGUCAACAACUACGAUGCUUAA